GGUUUGAUGACCAGGUUAUGUGUCAAACAGAACCUGAACUUUUGUGCCAUGUAUCCUUCUAAGAAUCUCAAUGAAUUGAUAUACCUUUAAUGGUGUUGAAGAUCAUUCUUUCCGCCAGUGAGGAUUAGAAUGACCAGCAAAGAUAAUAUCAUUCUGCUCUGUCGUUUAUGUUUGGAAAAAGACAAUGUUAACGUUCCAAUUUUCGGUGAGACAGGUGAGGCUGUAGAACAAGUCCAGAUGAAAAUAAAUACUUGCUUACCAGUCACGAUAACGAAAGUGGACGAUCUACCAAAGAAUAUAUGCGUUAAUUGUGCUAAUAAGUUAGAUCUGUUUUACCAAUUUUGGAAUGACAGUAUCGAAGCUGAAAAGCAACUAACUCUAUGGAUAAGUAAUGGCUCAGUUGAUCAAGUUUCAACGGAUAAUAUGAAACCUGGUCAAUUAUCGAAUAUCCAGGAAUCUGGAAACAUUAAUAAUGAGACAAGGGUAAAAGAAGAGGCUGUGGAUACUGACGAUGAAAUAUCAUCAAGUAGAUUGAAAAACUCUGGGUGCGAUACUUCUACUGAUAAUUUGGAUGUCUACCAACAGAAAUUGCGAUCACCAAGGCCGAAAAGAAGCAGACGUGCAGCUAACAUAAGGCAGAUUAUCCAAAGUCUGAAGGAAUCAGACGAGGAUGACUUGAAAGAAACGAAAACUGAUAAGGAAUGGGACGAUAGCGAUAUAGAAGACGAUGUAAGUUUUCCAGAUCCAUCUAGUCGAACCCCUAUCGAUAAACCGAGUACCUCAACAGAAGAGGUACCUCCAAUCUUCCCUUCUACACCUCCGACUAGAGAGGACCACUUGGUUCCCAUUGUCCAAUUGUCGGAAGGCAGCUGGUUACAUAACGAAGACAUAACUAGUCCGUUUGCGGCCCAGAUCCACGAAACACUCAAAAAGUUAGGUUAUAAGAAUCCUUUCGUCUAUCCUAAAUUGAAACACAAGAAGAAACAACUGAAACAGUUGGAAUCCAGGAAUAACACCAAGUGGCAGUGCAUGAUUUGUUCGGAAGUGAAAAAAAACAAGGACGACCUGAUGGAACACUACGAGAUACACAAGAGCGAGACGGAAUCUCUCAAGGGCAGCAAAAUGGUAGGGGAUUAUUUCAUGUGUCCGGUAUGCCUGACCGACUUCACGUCCCUGAUAAGUUACGAGAGACACGUGGAGUUGAACCACGGGGAAAAGCAGUAUAACUGUGAAGUUUGCCAUAGGGCUUUCAAGAAUCUGUUCUCUCUGAGCGUGCACAACAACAAGAGGCACAGUUUGGAGAAGGUUUACAGAUGCGCAGCCUGCGAUUUUGAGGAUGAAGAGUUGAAGGAGUUGAGGUGCCAUGUUAGGAAUUCCCACGAGGAUAACGUAAAGUAUAGGUGUGAAAUUUGUAAUAAGGGUUUCAGCUCUUUCUCUUGGUACCAAGAGCAUAAGAAUUUCCACACAGGUGCCAUGCCCUUUGAGUGCGAAGUGUGCUCGAAAAGUUUCCCGUACACCAGGUACCUGAUAGCCCAUAAGAAAAAUAUGCAUCCCGAGAUGUUUUCCAAUGUGCCAAUCAACCACGAAUGCGAGAUCUGCCAGAAGAAGUUUGCCCACAAGAAGAGCCUGGUGCUGCACCUCCGGGGGCACACCGGUGAGAGUGCGGUGCUUUGCGACAUGUGCGGUAAGUCUUUGUCGAGUUCCGAGCACCUCAAACAACACCUGAGGAUCCACACCGGCUACAAGCCUCACUGUUGUUCGGUUUGCGGCAAGGGAUUCGCGAAAAAGUGCAAUUUAACGUUACACGAGAGGGUGCACAGUGGGGAGAAACCUCAUGUUUGCAAUAUUUGCAACAAGGGGUUCUCUCAGAGGUCCACUCUUGUUAUACAUGGGCGUUAUCACUCUGGGGAGAGACCGUAUCGUUGUCAGCUCUGUCAGAAGGGUUUUGUGGCCAAGGGGCUGUUGGGGGUGCAUAUGAAGACUUGCGGAGGUAUUCCGGAAUGAGUUUGUUGUUUUUGAUUUGAAAAUUUUAUUUGUAAUUUGUUAUCGUUGUCAAUAAAUUCAGAUAUUUUAUAUAUUCAA